GUUAUGGCCCAUUUGGGAUUGGACUCUGCAAGGGAAGGGUGUGUGUGUGUGCAAUCAUAAAUGCAUAUACGACCAGUAUAAAACAGAAACUUCAGCGAAAACGUAGGACUGAUCAUGUCUCAACAGGGUGAAGAAGAGGAAGUUAAGAGGCCUGAGGUAAAAGCAGAGGAUUUGAUUGGAGCCAGGGAUAAACUGGCGUCUGGAACAGAGGUGAAAGGCAAGACCUUUGAAGUGAUGCAGGAAUGCGAACGAGCUGGGAAGGUCGCACCAUCCAUCUUCAGCAAAGCUCGCUCAGGAUCUGAGACUGCCUUUAACAAACCCAGCAAGAAAAAGUAAUACUAUGGAAGCAUAAUUUCACUAAAUCAUACAGCUGAAACAUGUAUUUAUGGAUGAAUAAAUUGAAUAAGCAUAAACUAAACAAUCAAAAAACUUUGAAAAUUGUAAACAAUUAAAACUAAAUUCUUUUUUUUAAACUGCACAACUUUUUGUGUUCAGUAUUUACUAAAUUUAUACAAAAAGGAAAUACACCACGAUCCAUUUUCCAAACCAUGUUUUUUGGCCUGGCUCGAGUACGUAUCACGGUGGAGUAGCUCUGUACCUGCACGACUCGUCAUAGACGUAAACAGAGAGAAGCUCCGGCUACAAAUGUUAUUCCGCAAAACGCACACAGUUCUGUUUAAUAACCGUUGAGCGCCAAAACAGUUAUAGACUGCCGCUUCAAAUAUUCCUGAAUGCAAGUUGUGUGUGUGUGUGAGAACAAUUAAUAGUGAAUACAUGUAUCAUUUGGUUUAUACAUCUUUUGGUCAUUAAAACGUCCCAUUUAUAUUUCACAUUAUUAUAAAAAAAAGAUUUAUUUUCAAAACAACACAAAAAUGAACAGCUGACAGGACACUGGAAAACCUACCCUACAGGAUAACAAAAGUGGGAUAAAACUAAGGAAAUUAAAUUGUCUAAGCAUGUUAAUUAUUAAUUAUUGAGAGAAUGUUUUCUUUCCCGUUCUUUUUGCCUAACAAAUGACACAAUAAGGUAGAACAAUACAUUAGCUGUGCACUGGUUUAAAACAACUGUCAUACUGUUAUAAUAUUGUGACAAGUGUGAACUAAACCAAUAAAGCAAACUAAAGCAGGCCAUUCAAAGAA